GGCCCUAGUUCGGUUUCACUGCAGCAGUGUUACUCGCAUACCUCGGUGGUUGUUCGCCCAACUUCUGAUACGAGAAUAACAAACACAAAAUAAAAAAAAUCUUCCCUCGGGUCAGUCGUUUUGCUGUGGAAACUAGCUAAUUUGAUUACAUUUGCAGCGUUGAAUCAACGAGGCAACACCAAGAAAUUGUGCUGUGUUUCGGCGGAUCAGCUAGCUACGUAACGUUAGCUAGCUGACUCGACAUCUGACAUAGCCAGCUAGCGGCUAGCUAGCAACCACUACGGAUACUAUCUAGCUAACGGCUUUCGUUAUCAAAUACUCCCAGCAUGCUGAUGGUGGGAGGCGAUGGAAGGAUGCAGUAAAAUGAGUGUGAUGGAGCUGUGUGAGACGGAUGAUCUGGCCACCAGCUUGGUGCUGGACCCCUUGCUGGGGUUCAGCACCCAUAAAAUGAACGUCAGUCCCCCCCCAGAGGUCCGUCGUUGGGGUUACCUCAAAGAGACUCUGCUACGCUUCCAACGCACACAUGACUUACAGGCCACCUUUGAGGCCCUCACAGUGGGAGACUGGGCCUGUGACUACUUCACUGGACUGGAAACACACCGUCUUGAACUACUGAAACAGCAUGUGUAUCGCUACCUCUGUGCCUUCCUGUUGGAUAGUGGUGUCCAGAUUGAGUCAUGUGACCGAUACUCUUCAGAAACCAACGGAGCAAAGAUAACCUCUACCAAGCACUGGUUUGUAGGUGAGCGGAUGGAGGUUCUGUUGGGUUGUAUAGCCGAGCUGAGUCCAGCAGACAGUGCUGUUCUGAGAGCAGGGGUGAAUGACUUUAGUGUGAUGUACUCCACUCGUAAGCGCUGUGCACAACUCUGGCUUGGGCCUGCGGCUUUCAUCAACCACGACUGCAGACCAAACUGUAAGUUUGUUCCUGGUGAUAAGAAUGGAGGCUGUGUAAAAGUGGUGAGGCCCAUCGCACCUGGGGAGGAGAUCACCUGUUACUAUGGCGACAGCUUUUUUGGAGAAGACAAUGAAAUGUGUGAAUGCUGCACCUGUGAGAGAAAAGGAGAGGGUCACUUCCGACACAGAGAGAGGCAGCCUGGUUGUGAUGACUCUAAUGACCUGUCUGGCCAGAAGUACCGCCUCAGAGACACAGACCUUCGUCUUAACAGAGGGAAAGCACCCUGUCCUCCUACAUUUCGGCCUACCUUUACAUUUUCAAAUUCUGCUAUCCCUUCAAGGAAUUCAUUUACCCAGCAGAUGAAGAGAAAUGCUCUGAUGAUGAGCAGGAAGACCAAAAGGUUGAAACAGGAGGGGCAAAGGAGGAUAUCGGGAAUGAAGCAGCAACGGCUGAUAAUGCCAUCCCUAUCAGAGGUGGUGUUGAGGGACCUUCGGGUCCGAGUACGGCGCCACACGUUCAACUUCUUGUUGAGCUGCAAGGACCCCACCAGCAAAGAGAGGGCCUUGCUGCACCAGCUUGAACAUGUGGAGACAAAAGACAAGUGGAGGAAGGAACAAGCUGCUCUCUGCUGUACAACCAAAGAGAAUGACAAAAAAGAGAAGAGCAGCAAUACUUGUGAGUUAAACCUGAAGCCUUUCACUCUUCACCCUUCCUUGUCUUCUCAACAGAAUGCUGGACCAGCAGUUUGUGGACAGAUACUGGGUGGAAAGCCCCUUCGAGUGGUGGAAAAAGUAUCUGUCCAGACAAGGAUCUCUUCCAGAACAAGGAGCAUGAUCAGAAACUGUCACACACGCCAGUCUGUUUCCAGAGCCAAGAAGAACAACAAAAUAAUUUGCAAGCGCAUUGAACUCACCAAACCCAUUUGCAGAAAAAGCAACAGCGCAAGUCCUCAGAAACACAUGGAUAGCUGUAGUGGAAAAGAUGCCACACACAAUGUUAUCAAAGAUAUUAAUGGAACCAAUUGCAUAACCAUCGAAAAUAACACCAGCAGCAACAACAAUGAUGUGGCAUACAUCAGCAACAGAACAUACACUGGUGGAGGCGGGCCCAAAGGCAGCAAGGCUCAGGAUGCAGAUCAGAAACCAGUGGAUCUGAAAGUGGAAAUCAAAACCAUUGGAGAAUCGGGGACUGAUGGGACACUUGUGGUGAGCAAACCCUCUGGUAAAAGAGUUGAAGUUUGCCAAAGUGCUUUGGACAAAGCCAAGAAGCCUGGGAAUCACCAGAAACCCAUUAGUACUCCCCUUGUCACUACCACCCCUAGCACUAUUUCCCUCUCUUCCCCUCACUUGACCAUGUUCCAGUAAUGUCAGGACU